GCAGCCAACCGCAGCCCGCUUGCCCGGGCAGAGCAGCCAAUAGGGCGGGAUCUUUCCCCCACCUGACCUUGCUCGCUCGGCUCCGUUCUGAUUCCGGCUGCAGCCGCUGACUCGCGCGCUUUCGAAACCUCUUGCGCGUCCUUAGGACUUUGCCCCCUCGGGCUGCGCCGGGCAGAGCCCUGUUCACGCUGGGCGCAUAGGAGCAGGGGAUCUCCGUGAGUUUCGCACCUGCUCUUUCCAGCUAAGCGAACAGAUCCCAAGGGGGGGUGGGGAUCAUCCCGGGGCAGUCCCCACGUGCCUCCUUCGCCCGAGUUCUCUUGCACAACUUCGAAACUUCGCCUCCCUUUGUAUAAGACACUGAUCUCCCUCCUGAGCUGCUCUUACUUUUUGCACCAUGCCGAGUGGCUUUCUCUCCCGGUGCUGCUAAGGAAACGCCUUUCUUCCUCCCCGCAAUGGCCGAGGCUCUGCGGUUGAUAGCAGAGAAAGCUGGCUGCGUCGUCCGUGUUUCUCACGCGCGCGGAUCUGUGCCCCAGGGACCCUGGAGUGGCAGCGGUGUCCUUUUGACGCCGGACCCGGCCAUUGUCCUCUGCCAUGGGUCCGUCUUCUCUCCUUUCCUCCUGCCAGCGGAGCACCAAGACUGGGCCCAGAGCCGAUUUCUGCUCCCUGAUAGCUUCCCAUCGGACAUCCAGAUCCAAGUGCUUAGGCCAGCAGAAUGCAGCCUUAAAGCUCCCAAUAGGAACUGGCUAGGCGGAGAUCUGGGGGGGAACACCCCGGCCUUGAGAUUCAACCCGCUUUCAAAUUGGCACGAGACACCCAGUGGCCUCCGAUGCCACAAGGCCGAACUCAUCGUGAUGCUCCCCUGCGUGCCGUUCCAGGAUGCUUUCUCCAAAGUCUUCAGCUCCACUGAACAGUGGCAUUUUGGCGCAGAGGAGGUUGAAGAGGAAUCCAGCGCCCCGGAAGACGAGGCGCGUUUCCUGCCCUGGUUUGCCCUGCUGAGGAUCCUGGAUGGCAGUUCCCACGGUGUGGGUGGGGUGAGCUGCGCGGCGGCCGAAACGCUGAGGAAGGGAGACCCGGUCUUCGCCUGUGGCUCCCCAUUUGGCUCGUUCUGCCCGGACAUCUUCAUGAACACCCUCAGCAAAGGGAUCGUGAGCAACACAGCCGGAGAAAGCAACGCCCUAAUCCUGACCGACGCUCGCUGCUUGCCUGGCACCGAAGGGGGCGGCGUCUAUGCCUUGUCAGGAGCUGGUCUUCACUUGGUUGGGAUCAUUGUAGCUCCACUUUGCUGGAAAUCCAGCGAAUGGGUUGGUCUAACUCUGGUUUGUGCUGUCAACGUUAUUCUACAUUGCAUCCGGAGCGCCCUUUCUGGGCCUCACCGGGCUCUGAAAACGUGGCUGGACCCCUUGGAACUUGUGGCCAAGUCUCACGGAAAGAUGGUCGCCAGAGAUGGACCACAUCAGCAAAUGCUGUCUGCUGUGGUUCUGGUGGAACGGGGCCUCACCUGGGGAUCUGGCGUGAUCGUGAACUCAAGACUGGUGUUGACCUGUCGACACGUGGCCAACGGCGCAACGAGUGUCUGCGUUAGGUUGCAGCCCAGCCAUGGAAAGAGUUCUGUAGCUAAAGGAAAAGUGGUGUUUGCUACCAAGGACUCUUCUCCCUAUGACGUAGCACUGGUAGAAUUAGAAGAUGACCUGCCCACUUCUACAGAGCCCGUCCUGGCAUCAGAGUUUUACAAAGGAGAAGAUGUGAGUAUCGUUGGUUUUGGUGUCUUUGGCCAGGCCUGCGGCCCAUCGGUAACAUCUGGGAUCCUGUCGGCAGUGAUCACUGUGGGAGAUGAGCCUGUGAUGCUUCAGGCAACCUGUGCAGUUCAUGGUGGCUCCAGCGGGGGAGCCCUCUUCUCCACGCGCAGUGGGAAACUCCUAGGUAUCGUUGCCAGCAACACGAGGGAUAACAGCAUAGGAGUCACAUACCCUCACCUGAACUUCAGCAUUCCCAUCACCGUUCUGCAGCCGGCCCUCUUGGAAUACCUUCAUAGCAGAAGCCUGCGCGGCUUCCGGGAACUAGACAGGGUGGGCCACAAGAUCCAGGUUGUGUGGAGACUCCAAAGAGAGCCUGCGGAGGGACCGCUCAGCAAGCUCUGAAGAACUUCAGAAGAGAGAAGAAAAGCAUUGCUUAUCCAUGCCCUGGGUGAGCUAUAUCUAGAUCAGGGCGGUCCAACUUCUCAGACGAGGUAGGCUGCAAAGGUACUUGUA